UCUGUCCUUCAGGAUUUUCCAAUUAUGUGUCAGACAUGUUUAAGAGAAUAUCCUUACAAGCGUAAGAGUAGGAUAAAGUAUGGGAAAGAAUGCAAGGUCUGUGCUCGACCCUUCACUGCAUAUCGAUGGUGUUCAGGGACACGGAUGCGUUUCAAGAAGACGGAGGUCUGUCACACCUGCAGCAAAAAGAAGAAUGCUUGUCAGACAUGUCUGCUAGACCUGGAAUUUGGUUUGCCUAUCCGGAUCCGAGACACUUGGCUUUCUGUUAAGGAUAAGGUUCCUAAGUCAUAUGUGAACAAAAAGUACUACACUCACUACAUGGAGAGAGAGAUAGCAAAUACUGAUGGCACACGGCCGGUGGGCCAGUUGGGUAAGGCUCCUAGCUCCAGUGAUAUGUUGCGGAAACUGGCCCGUACGACGCCAUAUUCCAAGAGGAACCGGCCGCACAUCUGCUCCUUCUGGGUGAAGGGAGAGUGUAGGAGAGGGGAGGGGUGUCCAAACAGGCAUGAGAACCCCACGGAUCCUGACGACCCUCUGGCUGACCAGAACAUUAAAGACCGUUACUACGGUAUCAAUGACCCGGUUGCAGACAAGCUGCUGAAAAGGGCCUCAACCAUGCCACGACUCGACCCACCAGAUGACAAGUCCAUCUCCACCCUCUACAUUGGGGGUUUGGGAGAUACUGUCACUGAUGGAGACCUCAAGUCUCAGGCAGCAAGGGGAAAGGAGGGUAUCAAAGAAGGUGUCAGCGAGAUGGGUACCAGACUGGAUCCUGUACCUGGACUGCCUGGAGCUCUUCCUCCACCACCACAUUUGGACGAAGAGACCAAUUCAAAUUACUUCAACCUGGACCCUAGCACAUCUCCUGCUGUCAUGAACAUAGCCCUGACCCCCCCACCAUGAAUCAACCAACCUCCCCCAGUUCUGCCAUGCCAUUCGGGGGUGCUAUAGCCAGCAAGAGGAUGACACCGCUCAUCGACUUCAAGGCAGUCGAAUCUCAGAACCUGCCUGGCCUCGCCCUGCAACGCAUGUGCCGACGACCCAACUUCAGGGGAUGGGGAGGCUAUCAUAGCCCAGAAUCUAAUGAACUAUGAAGGACUGAUAAGAGAAAGACUACAAAGUGCUGAUCUACGCUUGCACCUCUCCUCCUUUAAAAAUGAUAAAUAUCACUGAUACGUUCAGAUUUUAAUAUUCUAACAUUGUUAACGUGAAUGGAACAUAUUUCAGCAACUUUAUACUACAAAUGCUAUCGUUUUUUA